CGCUCUCCGGGCUGCGCUCCCACUGUCUCCGCGGUAGCCGGAGGUCCCCAAGUUUUUCGGGGCGAGGGUGCUGCCUCCUACCCCACCGGGUCCCCUCCGUCGCUCUCGUCUUCCCUGGCGUUUUGCGUGUUGUCCAAUUUGGGCGAGUUCUAAUGGCGGCUGGGAGCCGCCAAGUCUCCGUGCAGAGCAACUGCUUGGGGCGGAUAUAGGAGAUUUGAGCUGGGCCGCGAGGUGAGCCGCAGGGUCUCUCCGAACCGGUGCCCGGAGUGACCCGGACGACGCUGGGAAGGCCAAUUCAGGAGAAUGUUCAGUUCCCUUGAAGACACCGAGGGACCUUUCGGCCUUCCACCAACCCCGCCCUCUUCUUCUCUUAGAGCAGGCUUGUUCUCCACCUCCUGGUCUGUAAUUUGAAGAACCACAUUUAGCUACAUCUGGUCGUUUAGAUCCGUGAUCCGGAUUCACCUUCAGGCCGGUCUGGUGGGGCUUUGGCAGAAAUUAAGGAAGAAGACAUAACACUUACAGAGGUGAAUUUUUACUCAUGAUCAAUUUCAUUACCACAUAUGCACAAUAUCCUCAUCUUCUGUCUACUUUUAAGACCCUUGCUUCAUCGGUUAUUUAUUUUUCCAGGUUCUCUGGCAUGGAUAAAUGUUCAGUGAGAGGAUUAGACUUAGCUGAACAGACUCCUGUUUUAUUAAAGAGUAAAGCCAUGGCAACCAGCCUCAUGGAUGUUGGAAAUUCAUUUGGUGACCCAAAUAGUUCUUUAGUUAAUAGAUCUAGAAACUCAUCAGUGGAAGAUGAAGAUGAUGAUGAUGACAAUGAUGAUGUUGUAUUUAUUGAAUCUAUACAACCUCCUUCAACUUCUGCUCCAGCAAUAGCUGAUCAAAGAAAUUUUACAUUUGGUUCAUCAAGAAAUGAAAGUCUACAAGGAAAUUAUUCCAUAAUUCUUCCUUCCUCAAGAGAUUCAGUUUCUCAGAAGGGAAAUAUAAGUGAGACAAUUGUUAUUGAUGAUGAAGAGGACAUAGAAACAAAUGGAGGAGAAAAGAAAAAUUCUUCCAAUUAUAUUGAAUGGGGACUUCCUGGAACUAAAAAUAGAACCAAAGAUUUGGAUUUCUCCACUUCCAGUCUUUCAAGAAGUAAGACCAAGACUGCAGUAGGACCUUUUAAUCCUGGUAGAAUGAAUGUGGCAGGAGAUGAAUUUCAGAAUGGAGGAUUUGCAGCUCAUCAUAGUCCUGAAUCUUGGAUCUCCCAGUCAGCAUCAUUUCCCCGGAAUCAGAAACAGCCAGGGGUGGAUUCUUUAUCACCAGUGGCCUCCCUUCCUAAACAGAUUUUCCAGUCUUCAGUGCAACAGCAACUUACUAAACCAGCUAAAAUCACUUGUGCACACUGCAAAAAACCUUUACAGAAGGGACAGACAGCUUAUCAACGAAAAGGAUCAGCUCACCUCUUUUGUUCUACCACCUGCCUUUCUUCCUUCUCUCAUAAGCGCACUCCAAAGAAACGCAAUGUAAUAUGUAAAAAAGAUGCACGUACACAAAAAGCUACUACUGUUCAAGUUGAGUCAAAAGAAUCUUCCCAAGAAUUUUGUCGUACAUCUUUGCCUCCCUGUGAAGACAACCAGAAUCUUAGAAAAAGAGUUAAUAAAUCAAGAUGUAUAAUCUGUAGUAAAUUAACAGAGAUUCGUCAUGAAGUCAGCGUAAAUAAUGUAAUACAUAAGCUGUGCAGUAACCAGUGCUUUAAUAAGUACAGGUUAGCCAAUGGUCUAAUAAUGAAUUGCUGUGAACAGUGUGGAGAGUACUUGCCUGGUAAAAGUGCUGGAAACAGUGUCCUGAUCAUUGAAGGUCAGCGGACAAGAUUUUGUUGCCAAAGUUGUGUUAAUGAAUAUGAACAGAUGAUGGAAAUAAAAUCAAAAAAUUUGUCAGCAUCAGAAAACAGAAAAAGGAAUGCUGUUAGAGAAGAAAAUGAAAGGAAGUUAUAUGGACCAUUGAAUACUCUUUUAGAAAAAAAAGAGAGAAUACCAGAAAAAAAAGAAAAGACUUCAGAGCUACAGGUUUUGGCAGAAUGUAGGACAGAUAUGUCACUGAUCAAACAGGAUGUGAAUUUACCUUCUAUAACCAUAGCUGAUAAAUUUCAAGAGGAACUGGAAGAGAAAAAAUCAGAAGACUCCGUUCUAUCAGUUGUACUUUCUGCAGACCCAGGUACAUGGCCCCGGGCUUUAAAUAUUAAACAACGGGACAUUCUUGUUGAAAAUGAUCCACCUCAAGUAAGAAAUUUUAAUUUUCCAAAAGACAAUACAGGGAGGAAGUUUUCAGAAACUUAUUAUACACGAAUUCUUCCAAAUGGUGAUAAAACCACUAGAUCCUGGUUACUUUAUUCAACUUCAAAAGAUUCUGUGUUUUGUUUGUAUUGCAAACUCUUUGGGGAAGGAAAAAAUCAAUUGAAGAAUGAGAAUGGGUGCAAAGAUUGGCAGCAUUUAUCACAUAUUCUUAGCAAACAUGAGGAAAGUGAAAUGCAUAUCAACAAUAGUGUUAAGUAUUCAAAAUUAAAAUCUGAUUUGAGAAAAAAUAAAACUGUGGAAGCUACAGAACAUGAAUUACAUAAGAAUGAGAAAAAUGAUGGUGUGCUGCUGUUGUACACAUAAUACACCUGAUGUGGUUUUAACAUCAAGGUCAUACAUUUAUUCAGAGAAGAACUAUAUACCAACGGUCUGUACCAUUUGUGUUGUGAAGCUCCUAUAACUUUCAACAGUUUAUUAGCAAUAAGUAGAAAAUAGUAAAGAAUGUUUCUGUUUAAGUUCUAAAGCUCAUUGGAUUCAGUGGUAAUUAAUGCAGAUUUCAAUAAAGGCAAUUGUUACUUUUUCAUUCUGUCGAUUCACCCCUUUUAAAACUGGCAUUUGAGGGCUAACAUUUGACCAGUUUGGUUAAUUUCCUGUUUGAUUACUUUUUAAAAAAGGAGAGAAAGGCUUAAAUUUAUCAGUACUAGUUUGAACAAGAUACUAUGUGAACAUUCUCAUCAUUAUUAUUAAAGUUAAAACAUUCAGAAACAGUUUGAGAGUAGAACAGAAUCUAAAACUGCAGCUUUUUGCUAUUAAACCAAAUACCUGUGAUUUCUUUCUUUUGGGCAAAACACUGUUUUAUUAUGUGGGCAAAAUGGCAUUAUUUGUUACAUUAUAUUAAGGUGAUUACUUUGCAUUUAAUUGGUUUUAAUUUAUAAAUGGUUUAGAUUUUGUCAUGUGAGAAGUAUAAGAAUAAAGAAUGUAUACCUAUUUUUAUGUUAGUACAAAUAUAAGAAAUAUUAAAAAAUAUAUUAAGUUAACCUUUAGGUAUUUUGGCAAUUUUUUUUCCCUCUGAAGACUAUGUGCUCGAAAUUUGAGAAACACAUUAAUGAAAAUUAAGACUCUCCACUUUUUCAAAUGAUCAGUGCUCCCAUUACUAUAUAUUUAGUAAUUCUUCUUUUGUAUCUGAUUUCCAAUACCAACUUUAUCAUAUUAAAUUAUUAUAUAUACUUGUGCUUUAUCUUAAAGGUCUAAAACAAAAUGACAAAUGAACAAUGAGUAGAACGUGGUGUAUCCUUUUUGGUGGGGUGACACUAGGAGUACUUGGAGACUCUGUCACUGAUGCCAGUUCUUAAAACUAUUAUUGACUACUCACAAAAAUCAUUAUUAAUUUAUAACCAUUUUGUUUUUUGAUAACUCAGCCAUUUCAGUCUAUCAUAGUUGUAUCCGAAUGAGGCUUUGGGAUGUUACCAAAAAUCCAGUUUACUUUUCGAGGCCUAAGAGAAUACUCUAGGGAAUAGAACACAGGUUUUGAAGUUCCUUUCCAAAUGUUUAAAGUUGCCAUUAUUUCAUUAAAACUUACAGCUAAUCGAAUGACAUUUAUUAUAUGAUUAUAUUAGAUAGAUGAUGCUUGGUAUUGGUAUCUCAGCAAACUAAUGAAAUCAACCAGUGGCUCCUUAAAAUAAUUUGCUAAAAACAAAUUUAUCCAUUGAGAAAAUAAAAUUAAAUCCUAUCCUUUAAA